CAUACAAACAGACAGUGUAGUAACCAGUCAGUGCCGUGUCUAGUUCAGCUUCACAUCAUCGCACCGUGAGCAGCAAGCAAAGCAGCAGUAUAGUAAAUAAGACGAAGUAGUAAAGCAGACGGCAGAAAAGUCCAAAACGGAAAGAGUGCAAAAGUGUGUUACAGAAGAACCAGUUAAAUGCUCAAGCCUUGAAUAUACACGCACGAUUAUUCGUCCCCUUGCCGUGCGUCGCCAUAGGUUUGCAAAAAAAGCGAAAAUUCGAUCGACAAGGUGUGUUUUUCUCGCCGCGCUGUUCCAAUCCAGUGAAAAAUCGACCGUUUUUGGUGUCACUACUGUGCUUUAAUUGUGUUAAACGAUCACCUGUUCGAGAGUUAAGUUUGUGCGAUUAUCGUGAAAAGAAAACCCAAAGGGGGCAGUAAAGCGAAGGAAAAAAUCUGCCAAGAGUAGAGAUUUUUCGGUUCGAUUAAUUUCGGUCUUUCAUUCUUCAAGAUUCAACCACCUAGUAAACGGUUGCUGUGCAACUUAUAUUUUACUUACACUAUUGUUUAACGUGGAAAGGAAAAGUGUGAUUUUAGUGUUUCUACUGCCAGUUGCAGUUUUCCCCAGGAUUGCCUGCAGCGCAGCAGAUAAGGAACGCAGAUAGCCAUUUGUAAAAUCAAUAGCUAAUCAGAAGGUUACAAUGUGACUAGUUAAUGCCUGACUUAAAAGAUAUUCGAAAUGUCGUCCAAGGAUGCUUCAAGAACCUUUUUCGCAAUCAUAUGUAAUAUAACGUACUCUCGAUAUCGAAGUUGACCUGUACAGUAGAUUCUGUAAUUCCCUGCAGCAGAAAACAGAAGAAAAUCUGCUGAUCGCAGCACAGCAGCGCAAUACACACGAUCCAUUGUGUGUUUCAGCAGCACUCUUUAGUUGUUGCUAGUGCUGGUACUGUUGUUCCUCUCACGAGGUUGCUUGCGCUCACGAUCUGCGAAACAGGCAAAUAGGAAAAGUUUUGCUAGUGUAAAUAGACUUGUCGGGCUCUCGUUGUCGUCGUCGUCAUCUUCCGACCACCGGACCUGAGCAAAAUGCGGACGGACAUGGCUGGGUGCUAUCAUCAUUCGUUCGUUAGUAUAUCUAACGUCUUGCACUCCGUCGUAUAUGGUGUUCCGGAGAAAUCAAUAGAAUUGUUUUAGAAGCUUCUCUGCACCCGGAACGAAGAACGUAGCAACGUCACCCAAAGGAGUCAAGCCAGUUGGGGUAUAACAUCUAGUCGUGGUGGAAUUAUUUCCGCUGUCAUUUUACGGAAGCCGCACUGCAAUCCAUAGAAGGGGGAGAAUAAGAAGACUGUUUACUGUUUGUGUGCUGUUAUAACCAGUUUCUAAAGCCAAUAAGAUCGUUUACAAGUGAUAAAUACACAUAGCUGCAAACAAACUAACGAAGCGGUGUCGACGUUUAGCGCAGAGGUGAUAUUUUUUGUACGCAAAAGUACGUCAAUUUGUUACAGAUAUCGUGGUAAGAAAUUUCCAAAGUUACGUAGUGAACAAUAUAGGUGAUCCCCUAGCCGCUCGUCGGUCCCAGGAAGUAGGAAUCAACGUUUCAGGUAGCCAAAUUUUCUACUGACACAAGAACACCGCAAGGCUCCGUACUUUUCGCCGCCCACGGGAGCCCCAGGUGACUGUUUUUCGGUCACCCCAAGCCUCGCUGUUGUUGUCUACCAAACUGAUCAAACUGGCGGCCCACAUUCACCCGACAGAAUCGCUCGCCGUGGCACACCACGGCGCGAUGUCGAUACCAAACGCUGCUGGCCAGCUGGAAGGCGCUCUGGCAGCGCCCAAGUACGGAACGCUCAUUCCAAACCGAGUCUUCGUCGGUGGCAUUAGUGGCGAUACGACGGAAGCGGAACUGUGCCGGCUAUUCUCCUCGUACGGCAACGUCAAGUCAACGAAAAUCAUCGUCGACCGGGCAGGCGUCAGCAAAGGCUACGGUUUCGUGACGUUCGAAACCGAACACGAAGCGCAAAGACUGCAGAGCGAUGUAAGUAUGAAGGGUGAUUGCAUCGUGCUGAGAGAUCGCAAAUUGAACAUCGCACCCGCGAUUAAGAAGCAAACAAUCUGUGCAACGAACGGUGCCGUGUACUACGCAGCCACUCCUCCAACGCCGACGAUCAACAAUAUCCCAAUCGAGCAGUUUGCGACAGUAUACCCGCCAGGUGUGCCAACUAUUUAUCCGCCAACGAUGCCGUAUCAGCCGUUUUAUCAGUACUACAGUGUGCCAAUGAAUGUUCCGACUAUUUGGCCUCAGAACUACCAAGACGGCAACGAGUACUAUUGAGCAAUAAGUUUGAUUUCUUUUGUUGACACGCGGACCACUUUCAGCCAGUUGCGACAGCGUUUUUUGUGGAUUGCACAGUUGACGAGAAUUUAGCUUUAAGAGAAAAAGAUGCUUUUUAAAGGAAGGAUACCUGUCAAAACCUGUUUAGUUUUCCCUUACUCAUGCAAAUCUCUAUCCUGAAACAGUAUCUUUUUCGCCAUGCUUGACAGCUUACUACAUAAGCAUUGUCUGAAUCGAAGCCAGACUUGAUCAUCAGAAUUUGAUUUACAUGUUUUUUUUUCUCUGUCUUUUUCCUGUUAUUGUCGUUCUCUCCUACAGGAAUCUACCCUUGUUAAAACAAAGAGAACAAACUAGACAAACAGAAACUUAUUUAUUAUCAUGAGUAAUAUUUAUACAAAAAAAAACAUCUAUAUAUAAAUAAACUAACUAGAUAAAAAUCCAUUAGCAUAAAUGAAGAACCUAUUAAUACAGAACAAAAAUGCAAUAAGUAGCAAAGCAAGAAGCCACAGAGCGAAGAAAAUGUAAUUAGUGAAUCGGAGCGCGAGACUUUCAGUGUGCAGCGCACACUACCACUACCGUACUGGGAGCGCAAUGCGGAAUGGUCUGUUUUUCUUUCGGUCGUAUUGUUUAGUAACAAUCAUUCGCCCGCGCAUUGUAUUGCUUCUAGCUACCCCGGCACACUGAACGGCAGAUCCGGAACCGGCACAGCACAACACUUAACGAGGAUUGUGGACGCACUCGCGCAGACAGACAGACGGGCAGGCACUCAUCAGAGUCUACCAACAUCGAAUAAUUUAGUCUAUAUUAUUACGUGAUUUAUACACAGAUAUAAAUUCGAAAUGGAAGACCUAUACACAAUCAUCUCGGACAAUUAGAGAUAGAAUUAACGCGCGCGGCUCCUCAUAUGCACAUGGAGGUAAAAAUAGGCAAAGAAACGCUACCCGACGAAAAGCGGGGGCACACGAAAAGAGAUCAAUGUAAGAAAAAAAACUUAUUUUCGAAAAUGGUUCUAUCAUAUUCAGUUCCUGUCCUGAAUGAUUUGCUGCGUUUUUUUAAUUCUUCGCGUCUCUGUCCGAUUCGGCACGGAUGAUGCGAAUAACUAAAAAUAACUGCUUCAGAGAAACUGACCUAACAAUUAGAGAAUGGGAUAAGGUAUAAGCUGUGGGACAAGAAAAGCGUUCCGAUUUUCUAGCGAACGAAGGGUAUUUAAUUAUUACACGGCUGUUGUUUCAUCCGAAAAAAAACGACAGUAAAGAACAAACUCAGAAAAGACAGAUCCCACUCGGUGGGCAAGACAACUUGUGAAUGAGAGAGUGUUAAACCGUGAAAUCGCAUGGGAGGAUAUAAUCCCUUGGCGAAAUGUUGAAUCUUUUUUUUUACUUUUCGAAGUAAAGCAUUGUUGAACCAUAUUACUAUUAACUUAUUACUAGCGAUUAUUGUAACUGUAAAAAAGAACAAAAAAAAACCUUUGGGAGAAAACCGGAGUCAGACAGUAGGUAGUUGUAGAUCUAACGCAAGCUAGCCGGUUGAGCCGUACAUUGGAAUAAGAAAUACGCAUAUUUGCAUAUUUAUGAUACAAACAAAGUAAAAAUAUAUAUACUUAUACAUAAAGGAUAUUAUAUAUACAAGCAGAAAAACAGCAUUCACUGAACAUCACGAGCACACAUACCUUGUUACACGGUAUAAUUUGUUCAUAGCUCUCACCGUGACACAGAGGACUAUGGAUGUGUUAUAAGCUUGUACUUAACACAUUUUCGGACGAAUAGUAUUCGAACAAACUGCUUAGUGCGCAACCGUUGUACUUUUCGAUUUCUCCGGAUGCAGCAAACUUCAUUUUCAACCUAGCAUUUGCUAGAUGCUUUGACGAGUGGAGUAAUUCCAAAAACUUCGAAAUUCGCUUGAGAUUGACGCUAAACUUAGGAAUCAUGAACAUCGUCAGUCUUUUGUUUGUCCCACAAUUGCCAGAUUGGAUAAUGUACCAACAUUGCUGCCUAGGAGACCACGACCAGAAAACUUUAUAAAAGAACGAUUGUUGACAGGCGGUUUACACGUACACACAAGGACACUUGGAACCAUUGUGAAUAAAAGCGCGUGUUUUCAAGCUAUUGGUUGUUGAAAUGUAUUUUGAAUGCAUGUAGUAUUCAUCAUAUCGUAAUAUUAUGAUCAUGAAAUUGCACUGUGUCUUUCGCGGUUGUCAGAGUGCGGUCGUGGUUUUUUGUACAGUUUGCCUUCCGGUGGUAGUCAGAGUAAAGUUUUUUUUCUGCAUUUUGGCUGGUAAUAGUUCAGUGAAGUUAGCGUUCAAUUGCUCUCCAGUUGUUGAAGAAAAAAGAAAACUCCAGCAUUGCUAGUGUAACUCUCUAGAAAAUCCGACUAAGCUAAAGCUUUUUUGAAUGUCGCCUAAUGCCACCAUGAGCUAAUUGUUACAUCGGUUUAGUUGGCGGAGAACAGCGAGUGAAACGGGUUGGUCAAAAUGUUUUUUUUUGUGAUCUUGGCCAUGUCACAUAUUCCAUAUAUUGCACGAAAGCUCAUGCAAAGUAUUUCGCAAUAAAGUAAAACUGGAGUCGGACGUAGAAGAAUUUAGCUAGAAGAGCCGCCAGACGAAGUUCCUUUCAUUUGCCAUCAAUCUUUUUUAUUACUUGUGCUUAUAUUCGACAGAUUUUUUGUUUCCUAAUGAAUUGUUGAAUACAUCUUGUGCAGCCGACAACAGCAGCAGCCUCAGCUGACAUCAAAGUCAGCUCUAGCCAUAGUCAGCGAAAGCAUAGGUUUAAAGAUAGCAUAUAGCAAAUAACUUGUUGGGCCGAAUAUUGAAAAUACAAACGACAUUGUUAAAUAUGCAUUAGUCCACAACCAUUGCAAAAAUGUUUUUUUUUCUUUUUAUAAUGAUAAUUUUAUUAUUGUUACUAGCGAUAUUGUUUUGUUAUUCAAUGCUAGUUUCCAAAGGUUUUGGCGCCAUUUUGUGUAUAAGUGAGAGCUACAAUACUUUUCUGAAGACAAAGUCUCACGAGUAUUCUCAUUAUUAUUAUCUUUUUUUUGUUAGAAAAAUGCACACGACAAGACGUACAUAUGUAGGGUAUACAUUUGGUAAUUUUUCAUACAACAAAUCGGUUGCUCAAUCCACUCCUCUGUUGUUUAUUCCGUGCAAAUGACGAAAUCUGAAAUUAUUCAACACGAAAACAGGUAGAUAUCGAGAUAUUACCCUGUCACCUGAAAGGGCAGCUGUAUAAAUCACUUAAAAUAAAACAUUAGCACUAAGUAACACGGAGGGAUGCAACCUCCUUAGGAUUGUAAGAGCAAUCAAAAAAACACGAUCAAAUAAAACAAUAAUAAUUUAUGUAGCCCACUAUACCAGUAAUACACUUACACGUACAUAAACUCAAAUGUAUACAUAAGUACUCUAGCAAGAAGAAUGUCGGACAAAGAACAGGCGAUUAGUAAACAAUGUCGAAAUUAACAGGAAAACAUUACUGAGACACACAUUAAUUGUGAACUAAAAAUUCUCAUCCAAAAUGAUCACAUACUCUAGACAAACAGAUAUUUAUACAAGAAACAAGCAAUUGAAAUCUUGUCGCACUAACGUAGGACAGACACAUGGAGUUCACUUUCUCACACCAGCACACAGACGAGAACACAACACCUAAAACAGAACUAAGCAGACAAAAGCAGCAGCAACAAGAACAACAACAACACAUUUUAAAUCGAAGGUUUCAAGCCGUGCGCGCAGAAGCAUAGCUGUUGCAAACAAAAAAUCGAAAUGUUUUGAUAUGAAAUUUAUUGUUAUUGUUAUCGAAACAACCCUCCCCCAAAACGGAUAACCCCAUGCCCCUCUGCUUCCAACAACCCCUAAACGACUAACAUCAGGACAAAAAUGUGCGAGAAUACGAAAAAGCAGCAUGGAAAAAGCGAUCUGCUCCUCCAAAAUUACUCAUUGAUUAGUACAACUGAUCAUUUGCAGUGAAUUGUGAAACUGCUUGGAAAAUAAAUUUUGAGUGCGCAGUGCCGUCAAGAAGCUGCUUUCCUCAUUGUGAUGCUGAAGAAAUAAGAAAAAUUUGCCAAAUUUGAUUCUAUGCCCAUUAGGAUGAAUUUCAUUAUCUGCGUACUGUCUGCAUCUGCUUAAAAAGAAGAGAUGCGCGUGAAAAACUAAACAAAACGAAAGCAAGAAAUUUGAAUAGCAGGCACAUUGCAAGAAAUACGAGAAGUUGUUUCUGUCGCUGGUACAUGUUACGUAACAUACAUUGAGAGGUGUUCGGAAAGGAAUUGAGAUACUAGGUCAACUGCAGUGGAAUUAUUUUUAAUUGGUUUGUCCUUUCACUAAAUAACGUUCUCAGAUGCAGUAUUUAGGUUUUUAUAAUAUCAACAUCAAAAUCAACAGAAUCAUUUUUGCUUUAAUGAUUGCUUGAGCACAAAAAAGUCUUUUUUCACGCUUUUUAUUGCGUAUAAAACGAGAAAGGAUAUCUUCGUUUGAAUCGAUUGUUUCAUAUUUGCUUUUAUGAGGUUAGACCAAUUUGAUGUCCCGAAGGUAAAGCUUGUAAAGCUUGUGCUUAGAAUGCUAUUAAAAUAUACUUUAAACUGAAGCCUUGGGGGUAAAAGCAAUUUUGAAUAGAGUACCGUAAACUGCGGUGAGUUUGAUCACUUUUUUGAAUAUAUCUUAAAUAUUUUAAGAAUAUAUUGAGUACAAAUUUUUUUUAAUAGUAUUAAAAUGAGCACAGGCAUGUAUUGAGAAAGAUCCAGUUACUGUUUCUAAAGUUUAGCCACAAUUCUGCCGUUUUUAAAUAUGGUCUAAAAUUUUUACAUCCUUCAUCUCUCCGAGGGACUUUGAUCUCUUCAUUGUUUUGAUGCAUUUGGAGUGAACUUUGCUACUUUAACAAAUUUGAACAGUCUAAACCGACUUAGUGUUUAUAAAUAUGAAAAGCAAUUUUGAGGGCCAUUCACAUUCUACGUGAAAAGUUUAUGUUGGCGUAUGUCUACGAUUCAUAAAAAAAAUUAGAAUAUAUAUGAACGAUUGCCCAUAGAGAGUAAAGAAGGUCCAAAGUUGCAUAUUACGUGACGCCUUGGGUUGUCGUUAAAAAGAAAACAUGUAAUAAGUUUGCAGCUUGUUGUUCUGAACCGAUUGUUUUUAUGCAAUUAAAAUCGCUCAAAAUCCAGUUUUUUUUUCAAUUCGUAUUUUCGCUUAAAAAACACUCUUCAAAUAGCAGGAAAUGCAUGAAUAGUACCAAUGUAGACACAUAUAAACACAAUUAGUAAAGACUACAAGAAAUCCCAAGUUCUACGAGCGAUUUUAUCACAAAUACAAAAAAGAUGUAGAGUGAUCAAAGUCGCCCCGCUAAUCAAAGUCACCCCAGUUUGCGGUAUUUGAAAUUUGUCAGGAAAAUGUUGAUUUAUAUUAACUAUUAACCCUUAAAGGCGCACGACGUUAAAAAAUCAUGUAAAAACAAAAUCUUUGUUUAACAGGUUACUGCUCUAAAACUAACCAAUAUGCAUAAAAAAAAUUAAAGAUUUACUUUUUAAUGUGCAAAUAUUACCAUGUUUGUUUUUCAACAACACUGUGACUUUAUCGCAGAAUAAAGUCUAAACAAUUACUUUUGUUAACAGUAACUUUAAAAUUUACCUUUUGUUAGUAUAAUUUCUAAUAAUCCAGACAUUUUCACUAACCACUAACCUCAUUUUGAAACUUAUUUUCAAAGACAGUCAACACCAGUCGGGAGUUUCGCCAUGUUUUUUUUUCGUUUCCAAGAUUUUGAUAGCAAAAAUAAAAACAAAAUAUUGAAAUAGAGUACUUCCAGCUGUUAAGUUUUCUUCGUUAGAGUCUAGAGAGCUGUUCCAAUGAAUUAUAUUACUAAAUACGUAUACUUUAAAACGUUUUUAGUAGUAUUGUUUUAAAAUGACAUUGCGCAUUUAAGGGUUAAUACUUGAAUUUUUUUUCAAAUUCUUCAAUUUAAAUAAAAUGUUCUAAAAAAAUUUCAGUUGUACUAAAUUUGAAUGCAAAAACAAUUUUGUUUUCGCUUUUUAGAGUCAUUCGCAUAAUUUAAACCUACAAUCAAUCCAAUUGUGAGUUAGAGACGGAUUUUUAAACUACGAAAAAUAUAUUCCAUUGGACGUAAUUGUUUUCCCGGAUUCGUCUACGAAAGUAUAGCCAGUAUAGCUAUUUUUCUGUCACUUACUAUAGCUCUGUUUAUCGACAGUAUAGCUAUAGAACUGUUUCAGCAAUCGAAAAUGACAAUGGCAGUGGGGACAAGUCACUGUAACGUGGGUUGACGCUUCCUUUUUAGGAGUAAUCGGGAGAAAAAUUAUUGAGUUCUUAUCAACUCAAGCUUGUAAUAUUCUCAAUAACCGUUUGAGUUAAGACUGUAAACUGCUCGCUUGAGCUUGGAUUAUUAUUUCCAAUUUAACUUGGAAAGUUCAUGAAAUUUUGCGUAAUGUGCAAACUUUUUACAUUUGAUAAACAACUGCAGUUGACUUAGUAUUUGGCGCCCGAGAGAACUCUUGAAUAAACCCGUUGAUCAUUUCCUUUACACUUCAACUCUUCCAUUGCACUUUGAAGUUUGAAUCGAAACCGAGAGAAAAAAAUGACUCAUCUUGACGUGCAGAAAUCACCACACUAGUAAAUAAGCUAAAACAUGUAGGCCCUAGAGUAACAACCAUCAGCAGCAAGAACAGUCCUCUAUAAAUGAAACUAACAAUUACACAUAUAUUAUAUUACGACAUUUCUAGCAGAUAAUAACACUUGAAAUUAUAGCGAUAAGACAAAUGCAAACAGGAAAUCAAAACGCAUAUUUAUAUCCCUCUAAAAGCUAAUAACCCAAGACAGCUAGAUCUCAGACGAAAACAGAAAACAAAAAGUCUUGCACGAAUGCCAUUAGCGAUCGAGAGCCAAUUGUGCUAACUAAUAAGUACGAAGUGAUUCGUUAGAUUUUAAAUCCAAUCGAUGCGCAAAGCAUAGAACUGAGAUUGCCCAUUAUUUAUGUGCUGUAACUGUCAUCCACAGACAAAAUGGUCGAUGAAAUGUAAAGGAUGGGUAAUAUAGUACCUUUUGAUUUAACGACGUAAAAACUUCUACUACUCAUGCAAACCAAAAUCGAAGCAGUGAUUCUAAUAACAUGUAAUAGGAAUAGCACUCACUCCAAUUCUAACACUUAACGCGCGAACAAGCAUGAAAACUAUAAACAAUUGAAAGUGAGAUAUUUCGCAUGCCGUCAGAAACUACUCCUCUCUUCUCUCUCUACGUAUAUCUAUCCAGAUGCAGAUACCGAUUCACACACAGACUUUCACACACACAAACAUACAUACAUAGACUCACUAAUAUUAGAAAGAUGGUAAAUAAAGAAAAACUCUUUUUAGUGAUAAUCUCUAUAUCUCUACGUGUAAGAAGAAGUCAGCAAGACGACAAGAAAAGGCGAUCAUUGUGACCGUGGCAAACUCUUUUAACAAAAAAAAGUAGAAUAAAUAUAAAGAAAAUAUAAAUAAAAACCGUAGAAUUAACAAAAGAAAUAUUGUCUCUAUUGAGAUUCAAAUAUAUGUAUUUAAAACAGAGAAGCAGAUGCAGCCGUAAGCAGAAUGGUAGUGUGGAGUAAAUGACGAAACGAGAAUGUAAUUUAUUUAUGCAUAACAAGUAAGCAAUAAAAUAUAUAGACAGAGUAAGGAAACCGGCGUAGGAUGCGCAUAAACGUAGCAGCAAAAAAAAACGAAGAUAAAAAUACAUUAACAUAACAUAAAUGAUCAUUAUAUACACUAUACAUCACACUAUUGACAUUUAUCCCAUUUCUUAAGAUGAAGAAAAAGGAGCGCAAGAGAUUCACUGCAAAAUAUAUUAAAAAAAUAAUAGUAGUAAUAAUAUUUUUACCGAAAUAACGAGAAUGCAAUUCCAGGUUGCACUAUAACCACAAAACAAGCAAAAAAGAGAACAUGUGGGACAGGCAGAGAAAGAAGAUGCAAGCAUAAAUCUAUUAGUAGAAUGGAUAUUAAUUUAUAAAUAGGAAAUUAUAAAGAAGAAAAACAAAGGAAGAUAUAUACACCCAUUUUCAUGUCUAAAAAAGAUGCAAAAAAGAAAAAAUAUAAUCUACUAAAAACAAGUCGGUGAUAUUUUUAGAAUAUAUUAAACGAGUAAGGAAAUUAUACAUUUACAUUAUAUUGAUCAAAAAAUGUUUGGGUUUUUUUAAACUGACAGACCGCGAGCAUAGCGAAACACGAGCAAAAACGUAUAGCGAGAACAACACGAUAAGUAACAGAGGAAAAGUCAGCACACAAUUCUAUCGUACGUUGGUUUGGAAUUGGUGAGAGCAGAAGCAGAGAGAUUGUGCGUAGCUAGCCCCCCAAAGCAGUCCGUUCAAGGUCGCGCGUCCUUGCGAGAUAGGUUGACAGCUAGUUGUUUCACUUGUGGGGGGAUGGUGCGUUUGCCCAGGACGACAUGCCACAUUCCGAAUGAAACGGCCCGGAAGCAUAAGCCAACCAACCUACCAGCCAGCCCCCCGUAUGUAUCAUGAUAUCAGAUGUCUUCCAAAAUGAAAAUCUUUACGAGUUGCGUUAGAGUUGUUACGUAUUGCUGAUUGUUGUUGAACCGGAUUCGUUCAAAUUUGAUUUGUAGCGUGUAGAAUUUUUUCGGCAUCACAGCGAAUUUGGUUAUAUAGCGAGUGAGAGUUUCGCGGGUGGCAACACCGAUAACGGGCUUAGGAUUUUCACGGAUAUUCGACGGUGAUCCGGAUGUGGCAGCCGAAAGGGCGUUUUCUCUGUGAAGGCGUUUGAUUCUUCGCGCGAAUUUCACGAAUCAGUAGAAUAGAAACAUUUACGAUAAAUUGAAUGAAGAUGUCAACGUGUGUGAAAUUCAAAAUCUUCAGUCUUAGAAUAGAUUAGUAUGGAACAAAAUGAAUAUUAUAAAAAUACUCAUCGACUGACAAGUUUGAUCUGACGCUCCCGUACUGGAUAUAUUUGAUGUAUUUGUGUUUCACACAAUUAAAAGUGUUAAAUCGUUGAUGAUAUCAGUCUAAUCGUUCUGGAUCUCAGAUUUUUUUCAAGCUUCAAGCUUCUUGAACUCCUAUGGCAGCGGUUCUCAACCUGGGGUACGCGUACCCCUGGGGGUACUCGAAAGCCUUCAGGGGGUACGCGAAAGAAAAAUCAGUAAUGGCGGACAAAGCAAUUAUUCUCUAUAAUACUUCAUUUGUUGGUCAAUCUAGCCCCUAAUACAUGACUGUUGCAAUCAAACAAGCUACAGUUUAAUUUGGAACCUUAACUAGACUACCACAACAUGAAUUACCAUUACUCUCUCCCACUCUGCAAGAACAUUCCAAGCCAGGAGGUACAAUUGAUAUGAAAAAUAUCGCCAAGGGGUGCGCGGACAAAAAAAGGUUGAGAACCGCUGUCCUAUGGUAUGAUAGCAAUACUCUUAACUAUGAUAUUCAAGGCUCAAUUUGUUCUUCAGAAACAUUCAAAUACUUCUCCUUCUAUGGGAUAAUGUAUUCUAGGUAAAGUUUCAGCGUACCGAAAAAAUUACAAGUGAAACAACGAAAGCAUGUCAAGAUAGUAGUUUUUUUUAAAUUAUUUUCAAACCAAUUUGAUCCAAAUCAUGGCAAAAAACAAAGCUGUUGUAUUAGAGGAAUGUUACGGGAUCAUUAUCUCUUUUUUCGGAAACCGAGUUCCAAUUCUUACUCACAUCAUUAAAAUUUUCGUUUGUUUAAGAUCCUAUUUAUCGAAUUUUCAAGAAAGUUGCUUAAAGAACGAAAAUAAUUCUACUCUCUUUGACGCUUUGUUCAUCCAGAUGAAUACCUAUAUAUCACCACAAAAAUCAUUCCAUUCCUGGUGGAUCCCGUGCAAAACAUACCUCUCUUAUAAAGCUAGACAAUAAUUAAAAUCGAAAACCAAAAUUUAAAUGUGAACUUGAGCAGAAGACAUGAUUUUAGAUGAGCAUUUUUUUGGUGAAUAUCUUAAGCAAGAAGCGCAAAUGCAAAUAUGUAAAAUGAAAACAAGAAAUUAGUCGCCCAUAUUCCCGGAAAAUCGAAGGCCCUAUAGUCUCUCACAAUCACGUGAGAAUCACUCGAUGCUUAAGGUGUGAGUGUGAGAAUAGGGUCUUAAAACCAAAAAAAAAAAUCGCUGGCGAUAAAUAGUUUCCUUUUGAAGGCGACGCACGCUGUUAUCAGUUACUAUUAUUUCCCAAUAAUCAAAUACUAGCAAACGGUAAGAUUAUUGAAUUUUUACAUCGGAAAUACGAGACUUCUCUCUCUCUCUCUCUCUCUCUCUUUUUCUCUCUCUCAGAAGCAAAGAAAUUAUCGGUCUUAGUAGAUUCUCUUGCCAAAAUAUAAGCUAUACAUAGUUGGUACUUAUUGGGAGGAAAGAAUUUAGGGGAUUUAGUGAGCACCACCUAAGCAAGGUGGGUGUGCGCGACACGUUAGAAAAUUUUAACUGAGAUUAGCAUAAAGUGAUAGCUGCACGCUUUAGUCGCGAUUAUGUUGAUGAUCUAGUAUAUCUGCGAUGGGCUAAGUGAGGUUAUGGUUACGCUGGCUCAUCAUGCUUGUCUAAGUUAUUUAUUUAUUUUAACCUAUUUAUAUCGCUUAGACUAAUUCGUUACGGAACGCAUCGAGAUCCUUAGUUUCCUAUAAAUAGAAGUAUAAUUUGCAUUGAAUGAACAAACAACUGAACUGCCAAAUUACGAAACUAAAUCGGAUGCAUUAUGUAAAGACCAUUGGCUUGUUAGUAUACCUACGAUUGUUUAUCUUCAAUCACGAGUAGCUCUUACCUGUGUAUACUGUUCAAAGCAUGCUUUGAUCCCCCCUCGGCAUUGCGUUUCAGUUUGGUAUUUUUGAUCUUUUAGCGCAACGCAUGUUAGACAAACUGAACUAAAAUGAGAACAAUAACGACAAACCCAGACAAGAAACGAAAUUAUUUUAAUCCCAAAAGCAAUAAUAGCAGUGAAACUCUUGAAAAAAAAAUACACAAAAUUUGAACAACCUGAUUUUUUCCAUCGAAGUAAACUGAAAAGAAAAUACUUACAUUUGCUAGUAAUAAAGUAUAAAAAAAACUUGUUAUAUUUACUAUUUGAAGGAAAAAAAAAACUGAUACCUUAAUACUGUAGUGAAUACACAUAACAGCAAAAAGGGCACUCUAGCGUCCGAUCGUGUCGAAUGCGAUGGAUGAAAUUUUACGACUAAAAUACUAGCUAAGAGUACGUGUAAAAUGAAGCAAACAUCUUUAAGCAGAAUAAAAAUGAGUACAUAUGGUUGUGUCAAAAAGAAAAAAAAAUAUACAUGAUGAAGCAUGCGAUUAAAACACAUGAAAUAAUACACAUUAAAAUACAACUAAAUAUACUACACAUAUGAGUAAGUAAAAUCAAUAAACUAAACUAUAUAGCAAGGAGAAUCGAAUAAACAUAAAAAAGAAGAUAAAUACAAAUAAAAAAAAACCAACUAGAUUAUUUAUACACUUGCGGAUAAUUAUUAUUGUCUCUGAAAUUGGUUCGAUUGGCUUGACCAGUCUGCGUAAAGUUUCUAUUCCCUAACUCCCACCCCUUCCCCCUUCAACCAGGCGAAAUGAUACCGGAAGCGAAAGCUAUCAGCAGGUGACAGCCGCCUAGGGCUGAAUGUGAUUCGGCAACUCUCCGGUGAAGUGUCUUGUUUUGAAUGCACGUGUCAUCGAAAGUUUUGCGUUCAGUUUUUUCGCCAGCCUUCUGUGAUUCAAAUUGUAUGGUAAACGGCACGACGCAAACGACUCCUUCCGGUAUCGGUCCUAAUCGUUGAGUUUCGGUUUUACUUUCUCAAAUCUCAGUUGACUUUUGAAACAUCCCACAAUCAAAAUUCGGUGAGCCCUUCUUAGUUUUCUCCUAGGUUGGCUAAUGAUACUUGAACAAUUUCCACUAAAAUCUUUUAUAUAUUAAUAAGCUAUAAAUUUUAUAUAUGAAAACAUAAUGUGAUAGAAUUAAAUUAUAUAUAUAUACUAUUGUACUAUAAAAAAAACAAAUCUAAAACUGGUAUAUAUACACAAAAAAUAUAUUAAGUCGAGAAUGAAGCAAAUAUAGUAACAAAAAAAAAUAUAUCCGAAGCGGUGGAAUAUUUUACUUCAAAGAAAUCUUUAUACCCCUAUAUAAAAUAUUACUAGCAAAGAUAAAAAGAAGGUACGAUUCUUCAGUGUAGUAUCGCAGAAUCAGAAAUACAAACAAAAACAAACAAAAAAAAACAAAUCCAACGCUAAAACUAUAUAUAGCGAAAUGACACGUUAAGGUGGUAAAAGAAUACAAUAACCAAUCCUGUCUAACGAAAUCAAACAACAAUUUUGUCACUCUAAUCGCAUAUUUUUCUACUAGAGCAAAACUUACGGAGAAAAUUUGUCUAGCAAAAGCUUAUACUUUCGGUCAAUUUCGUGCUAAACGCGAGUCUUUUCUCCUCUCUUCCACUUGAGUUUUAAGUUCGAACUACCCUUUGAAUCAAUUAAUGAAAAUCUGUCAAUUCUUCAAUUAAAAAAACUAAACAAUUGAGUCAAUCAACUAGAACAUUGAAUUGAGUGUCAAUAAGCCUAAAUGUAAUGUUUUGAACAUUAAAAAAAAGCAAAAACCAUUAUACUAAGUAGUCGUAUGAAUCCAAUCUAAAAGCAAUUACUUACGAUAUCAAUUAAUCAAAAGAAGUCAAAUAACACUGAUCCAAUCUGAGGAAUCAAUAAACUUGGAAACUUCAGAGCAAUUAAUCCAUUUCAAUUAUCUUUAUCAUACCGAAGUUCCCCCGACUGUAACAGCGGGGGACAUAGCAGAACAACCACUCGCUAAAAGCUAUCUUAGUUGCUAAAAUAAUCCACUGAUAAUCUACCGAUCGAGGUGUAAUCCCUUACUUUAACGAAAAUAGUAUAAAAAAAACAUACACACACAGAGCGGUCUAACAAAUCUCGUUAGCUCUUCUUUCAAGUUUGACAAAUUUUAGACAAAGUGACGAAGGAAAUAUUAAAUAAAUUAACAAUGGCACAGCCUUUUGCAAUACUUAUGACUACAGAAGAACAUCAUACAAUGGUACGGAUUAAAACAAAACAAAAAAAUAGUUCUAUUACUACAAGCAUGAACAAAACGCCUAGUGCUCACACACGGGUGGUCUCUUUUAGCUACUUUUAACGGGAUUAAAAAAAAACACAGCGUAGACAGUGAAACAACUCUUACAUAUACCUACUAAACACAAACAAACGAAGAAAAAUAAUCAAAAGCAAAUGCAUCUUAUUUAUCUAACCUGCGAAUGCGCAAAAUAAGAGAACGAAUCACUUUUAGCCAUUGAAAACGAAAAAACCUGUUAGCAGGUGUAAUGAUCACUAGUGAAAGAGAAAAUAAUCAGCAAACCUUAAACACUUUGAUAAUUAAUUAUCCUUACGCUAACCAAGACGAAACAAACCUAGAGUUCUGUUCAAUCGAAGUUGCAGACGAUCGUAAAACGGUCGGUUCCCCCUUGCUUUGGUUUGUUGUUAAACUUCAACCGCUUCUUCGCGUCCUGCUUAAUCGUGCCGCAAAAGCGUCUCAUUUUUAUUUAAUUUGUAUUUAUUAUUUAUUUUUUAGACUCAUUACCUCAUAACCCUAAAAGUAAACCAAUAGAGUAACAGCCAGACAGUCACUGAAGGUACGUCGUUAAGUUUGUGAAGAAGAAAAAAAGUCGAGAAAAAUCCUACACCUUUCUCACGCUGCAAAAAAGAAAAGACCCGGCUAUAUUCUGUUAUUGAGAUGACCAGAAUCAAAUUUUAUGUCCCAUUUCGUAGUGAAUGGAUAAAAUAAAAAAAAAAACCUACACAUAAUUCACACAUGAAAAAGGCUGUAAUUUUAAGAAGAUGGCGAGAAAGCGAAUAAAACAUAUAAAAAAAGAAUAAAACAAUAAAUAUAAUUCUUAGAUUGUAUCUGAUGAUCGACAGAAGAUAGAAGAAAAUCAUUUGAACAGAAGUAACUUAAGGCAGAAAACCACACACACACACUAUGAAAAUGGCUAUUGAGGUAAGAAAUAAGUAAAAUAAAAAAAAAAGCAUCUCUAAAAAUAAUUAUGAAAUGAGAGAAUAGGUAAAGAUGGAAAUGUAACGAUAAUGUCAAAUGUAUUUAAAUGUAAGUGAAACAAUACAAAAGAAAAAUAAAACCUAUACAUAAAAGAGAAGAUGAAAAAGUAAAA